AUGCAAUUGAUUUCCAUUUUUCUUUUCAUAUGUUUCCUCUUUUUGUUAAGGAAAUGGAAAAAGUACUCAAAAAAUAGCCAAACCAAAAAAUUGCCUCCAGGUCCAUGGAAACUUCCUUUUAUAGGAAGUAUGCAUCACCUGGCUGGUGGACGUCCACACCGCGUUCUUAGAGAUUUAGCCAAAAAAUAUGGACCGCUCAUGCACCUUCAACUCGGUGAAGUCUCUGCAGUUGUAGUUACUUCUCCUGAUAUGGCGAAAGAAGUACUAAAAACUCAUGACAUCGCUUUUGCAUCUAGGCCUAAACUCUUGGCCAUGGACAUUAUCUGUUAUGAUAGAUGCGACAUUGCCUUUAGCCCCUACGGUGAAUAUUGGAAACAAAUGCGUAAAAUUUGUGUCAUGGAAGUACUGAGUGCAAAGAGUGUCCGAUCAUUUAGCUCGAUCAGGUGUGAUGAAGUUGUUUGUCUCAUUGACUCUAUCCAAUCAUCUUCUUCUUCUGGUGAGCUAGUUAAUUUUACAGAAAGAGUCAUUUGGUUCACAAGCUCCAUGACAUGUAGAUCAGCAUUUGGGCAACUACCAAAGGAGCAAGACAUGUUUAUAAAGCUAAUUAGAGAAGUAAUAAGGUUAGCAGAAGGCUUUGAUGUGGCUGACAUCUUCCCUUCAUACAAGUUUCUUCAUGUUUUUGGUAGAGCCAAGCGAAAACUUCUAAAUGUCCAUCGUAAGGUAGAUGCAAUUGUUGAGGAUGUCAUCAACGAGCACAAGAAGAACUUUGCAACUCGCAAGAAUGAUGAUCAUGCAUUAGGGGGUGAAAAUCUAAUUGAUGUCCUUCUAAAACUUAUGAAUGAUAAAAGUCUUCAAUUUCCAAUCAACAACGACAAUAUCAAAGCUAUUAUUAUUGACAUGUUUGCAGCUGGAACAGAAACUUCAUCAACAACAACUGUAUGGGCUAUGGUUGAAAUGUUGAAAAAUCCAAGUGUAUUAGCCAAAGCUCAAGCAGAAGUGCGAGAAGCCUUUAGAAACAAAGUAACGUUCGAUGAAAAUGAUGUGGAAGAGCUAAAAUACUUAAAGUUAGUCAUUAAAGAAACUCUAAGACUCCAUCCACCAGUUCCACUUUUAGUCCCAAGAGAAUGUAGGGUAGAGACGGAUAUAAACGGCUACACUAUUCCUGUGAAGACCAAAGUCAUGGUUAAUGUUUGGGCAUUGGGAAGAGAUCCGAAAUAUUGGGAUGACGCAGAAAGCUUUAAGCUAGAGAGAUUUGAGCAGUACUCUGUCGACUUUAUUGGUAACAAUUUUGAGUAUCUUCCCUUUGGCGGUGGACGAAGGAUUUGUCCCGAGAUAUCAUUUGGCUUAGCUAAUGUUUAUUUGCCGUUGGCACAAUUGUUAUAUCACUUCGAUUGGAAACUCCCUAAUGGAAUGGAGCAAAAAGACUUGAACUUGACUGAAUUGGUUGGAGUAACUGCUGCCAGAAAAGAUGACCUUAUUUUGGUUGCCACUCCUUAUCAACCACCUAGACAAUGAUUUUCAACAUUUUAUAGAAUAAUUUCCUACUGAGCCCAAUUAUUAUCCUAUCUUUCUUCUGGUGUUUCCAGCUUUAUCUACUUCUAAUACAUGUAUU